AUGAGCUUGACUCUACUGGAGGAUGUUGAGAAUGAUGUGGAACAGAGUCUGCAGACAGACAGCCUUCAACAGGUCUUGAUGUCUAAAAGACAGAUGAUGGAGCGUAUGAGUCGACUUAAUAAAGUUACUGCACAGAUCAAUGUGGAGGAGUUGCAUAUAAAGGAAAAAGCUGACUUUGUAUUAAGUAAAGGUAUCAUAUCGCUACAUCACAUUGGAGAUAUUAUUUCAGGGACUACUGCACUACAGCAGUGUAGAGUGAAAGAGAUUAAUCAUUUUAGUGAAGCAGUUUCGUUUUCACUAUCUAUUGAGGCACCAGAUUCAACUCUUUUGCUUGUUCCCCUCCCUUCUCUCAGGUGUAGUCUGGUACCAGUUAGUAAAGGUGAUCAACCCAUUCACACUAUAGUCACUACCACCAGCACUGACCCUGGAGUGUAUAGGAUACAAUGUAACCCUUCAAUACAUGGUGCUUAUACAGUAAAAGUGCAAGUAUAUGAUAUACAACUUGAGGAUACCUUGCUAACUGUCCCUUUUGAUCCUUAUCUUGAUAACAUCACUCCAGUACAUACUAUAACUGAGCUUACAAAUCCCUGGGGAGUUGCUGUAAGUGAUGAUAAUCAAGUUAUAAUAACUGAGUGUGGUGUUCAUUGUCAGGUUUAUGUUGUUGAUAAUGGUAAUCAUCGUAUACAAGUUUUGAAUCCUGAUCUAACCUUCUCUCACUCAUUUGGUAGUAGAGGAUCAGCUAAUGGACAAUUUAAGUCUCCGGGGGAUAUUGCUAUUGACAGUCAAGGAUUAGUGUAUGUUGUUGAUGGUUGGAAUCAUCGCAUUCAAAAGUUCUCACCAGAUGGAAAGUUUGUGGAUCAGUUUGGUAGUAGAGGAUCUGAUCCUGGACAGCUUAAUGGUCCAUUCGGUAGCAUCACUACAUUAUGA